AUGGAUGAACACGAGGAAGCAGUCAUCUUCGGUAUCUGCCUUGUGGACUUUCAUCACAAAAGAGGCCCUGAAAUAGAAUACUGGUAUGGCUUACCUGAGGGCACCCAAAGUGCAGAACUAUGGCCAAAUUUACCCUUCCAGGCCCUUCCUGAUGGUUCUCACUCGUUUGAAGAAACAUUUACUUAUUUCACAUUACUAUAUGAUGAAAGAAGACAAAGGAGCCCUCCCAACGGGGCAACUGAUCUGAGUGAUGAUAGCAUCAAUGACAACACGACUUUGUUUGCCAUAUCUUGCUCGAGACAGAUAAAGAGUGAUGAAUUGGUCACUAAAGAUAAGGAUGUAACACGAUCUACUGUACAGAAGGCAAUUGUAGUCAUCUCAAGGCAACCAAUCUUCGGUCAAAUCAAGGACAAACUUAGUAUUGUGACUAAUGCUUUUUUCUUGCAGCAUGAUUUUGGGGACAGGAAGAUAAUCCAGUCUUUAUACGAAAACCUGAAGUCGAUUUACACGCCUGCAUCAUUGGUCAGAAAUGCCGAAAAUCGUCUUUAUAUUGGGUUAUGUCUGAGAAAGAUACUACAUGAUUUUAAGAGAAACGCUUUAGUCUUAUUGAAAGCAAUUAUGCUUGAAAAAAAAAUUAUAGUUUACGGCAACGACGUGGAAGCUUUGUGUAAUUUACAGUUCGGUCUGAUCAGCUUAAUUCCGGACUUGAUGUCAAAUUUGCAGGAUUCUGGCAGUCCUCAGUUGUUUCAGGAUAUUUCGAAAUUAAAUGUUGUGGACUCGUUUAAAUCAAGCAAUCGAGAAUCAGUGUUGAGAUUCUUAGGUUUUCCAUUACCGAUUUUCGAAAAAGGUGGACUAUUUUCACCCUAUACUCCACUGCAGCAAAUGAAUGACAUACGGUCAGAACGUACUUUGUUUUUUAUGAUUGGAAGUUCCAACACAUUGCUUGCUGAACAAAAGGAGGAACUGUGCCACAUAUUUGUCAAUACAGACAAUUCCACUGUAGAUAUUCUGGACAAGACUUUGAACCCCGUCCUCCAAUUGUCAAGUCAUGAUAAAAAAUGGAUUGAAUCUAUAUCUGGAAUUGUAUCAGACACAUGGAACGAAAAUGAUGAUGAAACUCCAAAAAACUCUCAAUUUGAAGGCAGUGAGGAUUUCAUUAGGUGGCAAUUCGAGGACUAUUUAACGGGGUUACUUUCCAGUGUUAAAUUAAGUGAUUAUUUGGACCUGCAUAAAGAGAAUGAUCAAGCUUUGAAGACUAUACCUGAGGAUAUGCUAAAUUCCAAUCCCGUUCAUUUAUUCAAUUUGAAUUGGGUUCAGAGUUGGAAAGAGACUCAAAAUUUUCUGAUAUUCAACUCAAGAACAGAUGAUAGAUUGUUCGACUUGUUUCCUCCGAAGCAUAUAUAUAACGGUGCCGACACUCUGUCUCUAUUACAGCAACGAUUUUUGGCCACAUUUCAUAAUUUAAAAAGAAGCUCUAGCAACUCUUCAAGCAAUAAAAAUGGUCAUCAAAGCGAGGAGGAUAUCAAAGACCAGGAAAGCAUCGAGUCAAAAAAGUCUGUUUCCCAAAUUUCUGUAAAUCCUGGAAAGAAUACAGACAAGCCAGCAGCCAACUUAUGGAAUUCAUGGAAGGAAUAUUUCAAUAAACCAAAGAAUACUGCUAAUGAAGAUGUUACUGAAUCCACAGAAGAUCUCAAAAACAGAAGUAAAACAUCGAACGCGAUACAGAAAGCUAUGAUGGGCUUGGGUUUACAUUAUAAACCUGAUGCGGAGACAGAUCAACAAAGUGAAGAGGUGGGAAAUAGUGAGGACAAUGAAGAUGAUGAUACUGAUGAGGACUCUGAGGAUGAUGAUGAUGAUGGUGGUGAUGACGAUGAUAGUGAGGACGAUGACGAUGACGAUGACGGUGAGGGCGAUGAAAAUGGCGAUGACGGUGAGGGCGAUGAAAAUGGCGAUGACGGUGAGGGCGAUGAAAAUGGCGAUAAGGAAGACAGUCAAGAUUUUAGCAAUGGUUUUACAGACGUUACGAACAUUAACACUGAUCAUGAUAAAGAAAAUGAACAGAAUUUUGAGGGUAAUGCAGAAAAUUUUAAUGAGGACGAAACCGUUGCAGAUAAAGAUAUUGAAGGUGGUCCUGAGAGCAAUAAAAAUUCCGACAGUAAAACUGAUAUUUAUGAAAACGAUAGAAAUGUUGAAGACUCAUCUAAAACGAGAAAUACAGUUAAAAAAUCCAAUGAGGAGGGCGGUGCGAAUGACGCUGCUAUAGGUAAUUGUGUGCAGGAUGAGGAAAAAUUAUGA